GGCGGCUGCGCCCGACAAACAGCCCGCAAUUUCACUGGACACUAGCGGCGGACCUGGACCCGGUCAGGUGUUGGGAUAAAAUUGCAGUCAAGUCGGAACAUCUCACUGGUUUUUUUUUUCCCCUUCUUUUUUCCCCCCCUAAAUGACGACCACUUUCGAAUAGUUUCACCUUUAAAUGACAGUUUAAGUUUAUUCUAUAAAGGGUUUUGGUAUACGAACCAAGGACAUCAUCAUCAUCAAUGCGGUUUCUCGAUUCAUCCUCCCAAGACAUGGAAGACAGUGUUUCCCCCUCCGGGCCCCCGGUCCGCAGUCCCGGGAACCCGUCGAGGAUCCACAGCAUCGAAGCGAUUCUGGGAUUUAAGGAGGAGAACAUGUUGUUCCACCACCAGAGCUUCCUGGCGUCGAGCGGCCCCGAGAGACUCGGCAAAGACGCGGAGAGGAGAAGGAGCUGCAACAACAGGGUGUUUCCUCUCAGGAAGGAGCAGGACUCCCAAAGUUUUCCCAGUGUUUGCUGCACCAACGGCUCGGACGCCUUGAGUCCCGAUCUACCCGGCGAAGGCGAAUGCAAAGCGGCGGACGAGGAGAACCCGAAGAAGAAGCACCGACGCAACAGAACUACGUUCACCACCUUCCAGCUGCACGAGCUCGAGCGCGCCUUCGAGAAGUCGCACUACCCGGACGUGUACAGCCGCGAGGAGCUCGCGCUGAAGGUCAACCUCCCGGAAGUCCGCGUGCAGGUGUGGUUUCAGAACCGGAGAGCCAAGUGGAGAAGGCAAGAGAAGUUGGAGGUGAGCUCCAUGAGGCUGCAGGAUUCCCCCAUGCUCACAUUCAGUCGGUCUCCACAGCAGUCCAUCAACACCUCUACCCUGCAGCUAGAACCAUGGCUGAGCCCCCCAGUCUCCACCUCCACCAGUCUCCAGCCCUUCUCCAGCUUCAUCACCCCCCACCAGGGGCUUCCCAGCAGCUACACACCGCCUCCCUUCUUGAAUUCUCCUUCACUUGGACACAGCCUGACACAUAUGAGUACUGUGUGCCUGCCUCCAUCCUACCAGUGUGGAGGAUUUAUGGACAAAUUUUCCUUGGAAGAGUCAGAUCCCCGCAACUCCAGCAUCGCAUCUCUGAGGAUGAAGGCAAAGGAGCACAUUCAGUCCAUUGGAAAGACAUGGUGAUGAAUCUGGAGAAACCACCCUGGAGCCCUGCUGUGGUAUCAUUGCUCUAUGAUUAUAUUACGUUGUU